AUGGCGGCCGCGAUCCGCCGAUUGAGGCCCUCUUCCUUUUCGUUUUCUUUCGUAACAAGGUCUUUUUCCACCGCGGCGGCGCCGGAGACCGUAAAACCGCACCUUUACUCUCAGAAACCAAUCUCUCCUGGAGUAGAUCCCAAGAACAGGAACGUCCAGUGGGUCUUCUUGGGCUGCCCCGGCGUCGGAAAAGGAACAUAUGCUAGCCGUCUCUCUACUCUCCUCGGCGUUCCCCAUAUUGCCACCGGAGAUCUCGUCCGGGAAGAGCUCAAUUCAGGCAGCGCUUUCUCUAAACAACUUGCAGAAAUUGUCAACCAAGGGAGAUUGGUCUCGGAUGAGAUCAUAAUAAACCUGUUGUCAAAGAGGCUUGAGGCGGGCGAGGGAAAAGGUGAAUCAGGAUUCAUACUUGACGGGUUCCCUAGAACUGUCAGACAGGCAGGAAUUUUGGAUGAAGUGACCGACAUUGAUUUGGUAGUCAAUCUUAAGCUCCCAGAAAAGGUGUUGAUUGAGAAGUGUUUAGGAAGAAGGAUUUGCAAUGAAUGUGGGAAGAAUUUUAAUGUGGCAUCUAUUGAUGUCAUGGGUGAAAAUGGGAGUCCAAGAAUAAGCAUGGCGCCUCUUCUCCCUCCUUCCCAUUGUGUUUCAAAACUGAUCACACGAGCAGAUGAUACUGAAGAAGUUGUUAAAGAAAGACUUCGUAUAUAUAACGAUAAGAGUCAACCUGUGGAGGACUUUUAUCGAAGCCAAGGGAAGUUGUUGGAAUUCGAUUUGCCUGGGGGAAUACCUGAAUCGUGGCCAAAAUUGCUUGAAGUUCUUAACCUCGAUGAGCAAGACGAGAAGCAGUCUGUUGCUGCUUAA